AUGAUUUUUGCAACUGAAGAGAUUAAUAGAAAUUCCAAGCUACUGCCAAACAUCACCUUGGGAUUUUGGAUUUUUGACUCAUGUUAUUCAAGGGAACGGGCACUUCUGGGUACCCUACUGCUUUUAACAGGAAGGCAAGUUCCAGCUCCAAACUAUCAGUGUGACCACAACUCUUUGCUACCUGCUAUAAUUGGAGAUGCACCUUCAUCAUCCUCUCUGAUGAUGGCCACAGUACUAGGCCUUUACAGGUAUCCUCAGGUCAGCUAUGGUUCAUCUAUUUCUCUGUUGAGUGAUAAACAAAUGUUUCCUUCAUUUAUGCGGACUGUCCCAAAUGACAUUUUUCAAGCUCUUGGAAUGGCUCAGAUGUUACUUCAUUUUGAGAUGGUCACUAAGGACAAGGGGAAGAUUCCGUCCCUCAUUAAUGUGAUUCAGCAGACAACAGCAAAUGUUAUUGUAAUUUACGCCACAGCUGAGAAUCUAGUUCCAUUACUGGAAGCCAUAUCUGUUCAGAAUAUAACAGGAAGGGUGUGGAUCACUCCAAGUGCCUGGCAGGUAUCAGUGCAAGUUCUCAGCAUGAGGGCUGUAAAAACAUUUAAUGGCAGUAUUGGUUUCUUUAUCCACAAAGGUAAAAUACCUGGACUUAAGGAGUUCAUGUACAAUAUCAACCCUUUAAGCUCUCCUAAUGAUAUUUUUACAAGAAAGUUCUGGGAAGAGGCCUUUGGCUGUCAGUGGCCAGUGUCUGGCAAAAAUCUCACAUCAGCAAAUCUAGUGGGUGGAAAGAAGCCAUUAUGUACUGGUCAUGAAGAUUUAAAGAGUCUUGAUGUUUCUGUAUAUGAUGUGUAUAAUUUUACAUAUGCAUUCAGCAUGUACAAUGCACUGUAUGCAGUGGCACAUUCCCUUCAUAAUCUCCUUUCAUGUAAGGAUGGACAAGGUCCAUUUCAGAAUGGAGUAUGUGUUGACUUUUAUAAUUUCCAAUCCUGGAAGUCACUUCAUUAUGCUAAAAAUGUCCAGUUUGAAAACAGUGCUGGUGAAGAGAUGUAUUUUGACAAGAAUGGUGACCCUCCAGCACGAUAUGACAUCCUUAACUUCUGCUUCCUCCCAGAUGGAUCAAGUAAAUACUUCAAAGUUGGCAGCUUUGAAAAUAAAGUGCAAGGAAACCCAGAGCUCAGUAUCAACGAACAAGACAUAUUAUGGAGUGAACAAUUCAACCAAGUGCCGCAUUCUGUCUGCAGUGGGAGUUGCCUACCAGGAUACCAAAAAGUUUCUCAAAGUGGUCAACCCAUCUGUUGCUUUGACUGUAUGCUCUGUUCUAAGGGUGAAAUCUCCAACAUAACAGAUGCUGUGAACUGCAUGAAGUGCUCAGAAGAUAAUUGGUCUAAUGAUAGACGAGACAAGUGUAUCCCAAAACAUCUAGAAUAUCUUUCCUAUGAAGACCCAUAUGGAGCUUCACUGGGUUUUUCUACUGGUACUUUCAGCUUGUUGACAGUUUCUAUUCUCUGCAUUUUUGUAAAGUUCAAAGACACUCCUAUAGCCAAGGCCAACAACCGUGAUCUAAGCUUCCUUCUACUAAUAGCCCUUACACUCUGUUUUCUCUGCUCACUGUUAUUCAUUGGUCAACCUGCAAAACUUACCUGUAUGUUUCGUCAGGUAAUAUUUGGUUUGACAUUUUCCCUUUGUGUAGCAUGUAUUUUAGCUAAAACUGUAACUGUGGUGAUUGCCUUUAGUGCUACAAAGCCAGACAGCAGACUGAGGAACUGUGUGGGAUCAACGGUUUCUAACACUAUUGUCAUACUUGGGUUACUAAUUCAGGUGAUCAUAUGCUUUACUUGGUUGUCCAUGUGUGGUCCAUUCCAACAUUUUAACAAGACCUCAGAGGAUGGAAAGAUAAUCAUUGAGUGUAAUGAUGGCUCAGUUAUUGCAUUUUGGUGCAUGCUGGGAUACUUGGGCUUGCUAGCUGUAGUUUCCUUUUUGGUUGCCUUCCUGGCCAGGAACUUACCAGGUAAUUUCAAUGAAGCUAAACUCAUUACUUUUAGUAUGCUUGUCUUUGCCAGUGUUUGGCUGUCAUUUAUCCCCGCAUAUUUGAGCACCAAGGGGAAGUACAUGGUGGCCGUGGAAAUUUUUGCCAUCUUGGCUUCUACUGCUGGAAUGUUGGGCUGUAUAUUCUUACCCAAAUGCUACAUCAUGAUACUGAGGCCAGAACUGAACACAAGAGGAUAUAUAAUUUUCCUGUCAAAUUUUAAAGAAGAAAAAGAGAAGACAAUACAACUGAAGGAACAUGAAUCAUUCUAA